AUGAAUAUUGGAGUUGUUUAUUGUAUGUACAAUGGGCUAGUUGGAUUCCCUUCAGUCAACCGUAUGUUUGAUUUUUUUUUUUUGCUUUUGAUAGUUUUGCUUCCCACGGCUUCGAUACGAUCCCAAAUUCAUUUCAACUCUUCAACUAGCAUAGAGCAUCAAAAAAUGGGUAACGAUGGCGGUACAAUUGCCAAAAGACAAGAUAUACUAUCAUUGCAUAACUCGAAAUCCACAUUCACCUCAUUUGCUGAGGACAAAGGGGAAAAUAAAGAACAAAUAUUGUUACAAAGCUGUGCACUUUCAGGUCUUCCUUUGUACAAGAAUAAUCCAGUAGUGGGUGACUUUAAAGGUAAACUAUACAUAAAGGAGAAGAUAUUACAGUACUUGCUAGAUUGUAAACUAGAUAAGCUAAAGAUUCAGUUACAGUUUCAACAUUUAAAGUCAUUAAAGGAUCUACGAACAGUCAAGAUUACUUGGGACAUCAUUAAUGACAUAGCUCAUUUCCAAUGCCCCAUAACGAAAGAAUUAGACGAUAAGACAUCAUAUUCAUAUUUGCGACCUUGCGGCUGUGUAAUGUCAUACAAAUUAUUGAAAGAAUUGAAAAAGUCGCUAAAGUCAGUUGAAACAUCUGACCAGAUUGAAGCGCAUUGCCCAGUUUGUAAUCAUGAGUUUACAUUCGAUUACGAUCUAGUGAUUAUAAAUCCUAUCAACAAGGCUGAAUUUAGUAAUUUCAAUGAGGAGAAUUACAGGUAUUUGAGAAAUGUACUAUAUCUCAGCCACGCCAAGGAACCACUAAAGAAGAAGAAGAAAAAGAGUGAAGAGGGAGAUGGCGAUGAGGACAAAGAUGACCUCAUACGAAAGAGGAAAAUGGAUACAGAUGAUGGCUUGGACAUAGAAAAGCGUAUUAGAACUUAA